GACAACAUUGAAACAGAAAGCAUAAGAUGGCGACUUCUGAUAGAGAUGUUAAUGAACGAACCUCGACAGCUGGAGCGUCAAAUAACGAACAAGCAAAUGCGAACGCUAACUUUGAAUGUAAUAUUUGUCUUGACACUGCUAAGGACGCGGUCAUUAGUUUCUGUGGGCACUUAUUUUGCUGGCCCUGUCUUCACAAGUGGUUAGAAACUCGACCAAAUAAAUCAGUCUGCCCAGUCUGUAAAGCUGGUAUCAGUAAAGAUAAAGUAAUCCCACUGUAUGGAAGAGGAAGCACAAAUCAGGAAGAUCCUAGGGAAAAAAUGCCACCAAGACCUCAGGGAAGACGACCUGAACCAGAGAAUAAUGGAGGCUUCCCAGGAUUUGGUGGUUUUGGAGAUGGAUUUCAGCUUUCUUUUGGUAUUGGUGCAUUCCCAUUUGCCUUCUUUUCAACGACAUUUGGUGGCCAAGGACAGACAGCAGCACCUGCUGGAUCGCCACAAGCUGAAGAUGAACAGUUUCUGUCCAAGCUCUUUCUUUGGGUUGCAUUCUUGUUUAUGUUUUGGCUUCUUAUUGCAUGAUUUACUUAUUUAAUACACCUAUAAUACCAUGAAGAUGAGCUGUAGAAAAAUUUUAUACAGAAAAAGGAUUAGACUAUUGGUAGUCCCUCUUUUGCUUAGUCCAUCUUGCGAGGCCGUAAGUAAACUGCCAGGAAAAAAUGGCCACUACGCUUCUCGCCCCAGGAUUUCAUGCAGCCAUUUUUUUCGACAAGUGAUUUUCUUUUGUGUCACGCAUGAUGGACAAGCAAAAGAGGGACUACUUGAAGUCUAAAAAAGGAUACCAAACUAUAAUAUUAAUGGUUGAAAUUACCUUACUUAUAGAGCCAGAAAAUUUGUUGAAUAGCACAAACAGCUCUAAUUUCACGUCUAGUCAUGUCACAUGUUUGAAGGCUACAGAUGUAUAGGACUACUAAUAAAAGGGUCAUUAAUCUUGUUUUGUAUAGAAGUUAAAAAAGAAGAGAUAAGGUGCACAAUUUUCUGCCCAUUUUGUACCUACCAACUGGCCACAAGUUUUCAGUUCAGGGACCAAGUGCUGUGUUGGUGAUAAGAUGUUCAUCAUAUUGUGUGAUAUUUCUUUUCCAACAAUUGUUGUUCUAAACUCAUGCAAAAUCUGAUUUGGAUCUUAUCAUUAUUUCACUGACCUUCACCUUUACCAUCUGAUUAUUUCAUUUCUAGUAAGUGCUAUUUUGUUACUUGCACUACAAAUAAUAUUUUUGUCCAGAAGUCGGAUGAAAGAUAAUUUGCAUUACAUAGCAACAUCCCCGAGCAAGAAAACAGUGAGCUCAAUAAGUUGUCAGAGAUUGAAAAGAAGUUUGUUAUAUGGCAUCUUAUCCAGUAGUUUGUUUGGAUACACAACAAAAGUACAGGAAGAGUUGAAUUACGUCAUAGUUGAACUACCUUAUUAGAUGAAAUUUUCGCGACACGUUAAUUUCGUGAAUUUCGCGAUUUAAAAAAAAUCGCGAAAUGAAAGUGACGCGAACAACAAGUGUCACGAACAUAACAUGACGCGAGAAUUAAGUUACUGUUAACAUAUAGUCCAGCCGUUGCUUUUGUGUUACUGUUGACGUUAUUGUACAUUUGAUAAAGUUGGUUUACUAAUUUAAAGGACGUGUAAGUAACACUGCCAAGGAAAUAAAUUGUGUAUUACUCGAAAACGCGAAGUUAAAGUGUUUCAAAAUACAUAAUUUUCGCAAAAUUGCGGAAUUUAAGUGUCGCAAAAUAUGCGCACCUCAAAAUCGCAAAAUAAAUGUGUUGCUUAAGUUUCAUGUAAUAAGAAGUCUAAUUGUUAGAGGAAAAAAACGUCGAAGGAAAUAGAAUUAAAUAGACCAUAACCAGUAAAAAA